GAGGAGGAGGAGGAGGACAACAGCGAGGCAGCCCCGGGGGCCCCGCAGGCGGGAUGUUCUCCAAGAAGCCACACGGCGAUGUGCGGAAAUCCACGCAGAAGGUGCUGGACACCCGCAAGGACCCGCUCACCCGCCUCAAGCACCUGCGCGUUGUUAUCGAGAAUGCAGAGUCUAUAGAUCUUAAGCAGUUUUUUGAUCUACAUUUUUCACAUAUAUAUUAUGUGUUCUUUGAAAAUUUUGUGACUAUUGAAAUAGGUCUCAAACAGAAAGGUCACAAGUCACAGAGGGAAGAACUAGAUGCGAUACUUUUUAUUUUUGAGAAAAUUUUACAACUUCUUCCAGAGAGAAUUCAUCAAAGAUGGCAAUUUCACAGUAUUGGCUUGAUUUUAAAGAAAUUACUUCACACGGGGAAUUCAUUAAAGAUUCGUCGUGAAGGUGUACGUCUCUUCCUCUUAUGGUUACAAGCACUUCAAAACAAUUGUAGUAAAGAACAGCUGUGCAUGUUUUCUUGCUUAAUUCCUGGAUUUCCACCACCACAUUCUGAACAUGGGCCUCAAACACUAGAAAAUCUCAUUAACCCUGUGAUAAAUGUUCAAGAAACACAAGUGACUGUAGAAGAAAUUACUCCACUUGUCCAGCCACAAUCAGGAGAUAAAGGACAGGAUGAUCUAACAAGCUAUUUUUUAGAAGCACUUUUGAAAUACAUAGUAAUUCAGGUCAAAAGUCUGGAAUGGAAGAACAAAGAAAACCAAGAAAAGGGAUUUUCAUUCUUAUUUUCAUAUUUUAAGAAAUAUUACUUGCCUUAUAUUUUUCCAAACAUGUGUAAGGAGAGCAGCUUGUAUAACCCUGUACUUGAGAUACCACAGAUGAGACCAAAGCCACAUUAUGUAAUGAUAAAGAAAGAUGCUGAAACCAAUGAAGCAAUAUAUUGCACAAAGGAACCUUUCCUUAAAGCUCGCGUUAUUGUCAUCCGAUGGUUGGUGUCUUUCUGGCUUGAGCCAAAACCACACACAGGACCUCAGAUUCCUGGAAUGGAAGGUGAAACCGUGCCAAAGAAUAUUCAGCGAGCAGCUGCUAGCCUGGCAUCUAGAGAAGACAGCAGAAAUGACAAUACUGAUAGACCUGAUAGAAAUACAGAGCCAGAACAGUCUCAUUCUAACACAAGCACACUAACAGAAAGAGAACCUAGUUCCUCCAGCCUUUGCAGUAUUGAUGAAGAACAUCUUACAGAUAUAGAAAUAGUCCGCAGAGUUUUCUCUUCUAAAAGAAGUAAUGUUAACUUUCUUACAGAAAUCUUUCGUCAGGCAUUUUUACUGCCAAUAUGCGAAGCAGCAGCCAUGAGGAAAGUGGUAAAAGUAUACCAAGAGUGGAUACAACAAGAAGAGAAGCCCUUAUUUAUGAAAGAACCAGAAGAAAUUGUGGCAUCUACAAACAUAGAUGGUGAUGAGAACAUUGUAGAACAUAAUUCAACAGAGAAGGGAAAAGAAAGGGAGGAGGAAAAUAUGGGUAAUUCUGGUCCUGUUCGAAAUUCAAGUUGGACAAGAAAUGGUUAUCAAGAGGUUUCCCAUAAAAUAUCUGACUUGGAUGUCUUAGAACAAGGUAUACGAGCUGGAAUACAAGCAGUACUGCAGGUUUUUAUAACAAAUUCCUCAAAUAUAUUUCUUCUUGAGCCAGCAAAUGAGAUUAAAACUCUGUUGGAUGAACAUACAGAUAUGUGUAAACGCAUUCUUAAUAUCUACCGUUACAUGGUAGUGCAAGUAACCAUGGACAAGAAGACUUGGGAACAGAUGCUGCUUGUGCUGCUCAGGGUCACAGAAUCGGUAUUGAAAAUACCAUCUCAGAUUUUUCUACAGUAUCAAGGAAGAAAGAAUUCAACUUUAGCAGGAAGGCUUGCUGGACCUCUUUUCCAGACUCUAAUAGUAGCUUGGAUCAAAGCAAACCUAAAUGUGUACAUCUCAAGAGAACUUUGGGAUGACCUGCUGUCAGUAUUGUCAUCAUUGACUUAUUGGGAAGAACUGGCUACAGAAUGGUCACUGACUAUGGAAACCCUAACAAAAGUAUUAGCUAGAAAUUUAUACAGCUUAGAUCUCGGUGACCUGCCAUUGGAUAAAUUAAGUGAGCAGAAACAAAAGAAGCAUAAAGGCAAAGGUGUUGGCCAUGAAUUUCAUAAGGCAUCUGUUGAUAAGUCAUUUUCAAGAGGCUGGAGUCGUGAUCAACCUGGACAGGCCCCAAUGAGACAGCGCAGUGCAACGACUACUGGAUCUCCAGGAACAGAAAAAGCCAGAAGCAUAGUGCGGCAAAAAACAGUUGCCAUGAGAAGCCGAUCCAUUGGUGAAUGUGCUCUGCCUUCGGCCUAUAUACGCAGUGCUAAAAGUGCUCCUGUUCUGAUCCAUCCUUCCAAACCCUUCUUGCCUGAUAUUGUUCUCACUCCCCUUUCUGAUGAGCUUUCAGACAUGGAUGAUGCGCAAAUCCUCCCACGUCCGUCCCGCGUCAGACAUUUUUCACAGAGUGAGGAAACUCCCAGUGAAGUUUUUGAUGCACUGAAUGAAGAGCAGCCACUUCCACGAAGUAGCAGCACAUCUGACAUCCUGGAACCAUUCACAGUUGAACGAGUCAAAGGUGCAGUUCCUGUCAUUGACGGUUCAUCCCAUCAUGCUCCAAGCUUACAGAGUUCCACAGAGGCCUCUUCAAUAUGUAGAUCCACUGAAAGUCACGUUACUGAUGCAAAUAGCAGAGAGUCCUCUCUGGAAGUUGGGGAUAGUAUUUAUGACCAUCUCUGUCAUUUGGUAGGCCCAGUAGAACUUACAGAUACAGCCUUUGAACAAAACCAGUAUGUUGACCUUGAAGGUGAAGAUGAUCUUCUUUCCUCUCUGAGAGAAUAUCUUAAGGAAAAAGAAGAACUUUGCAGUAGCAUUGAGAUAGAUAAACAUGAGUCUUCUCCUCAUGAAAUUGAUGCAGGAAUAAGUAGGAAUGAUAAAUUGCCACUGGAUGGAAUAGAGUAUACAGACCAGACUGUUACAUGUGCGAGUAGUACCACUGUUCCAGAAAGUGCCGAUAAUGCAGAACUGCAAUUGGAGCAAAACCAAAGUGGCUUUAUAAGUAAUAUUGCACCUACACAAGUAGACAGUUCUACAAGAAACCAAGUUGAUAAAGCUAAACAGUUAAAUAUUGAUAAACACACCCAAAAUCUGCCUGAUCAUGGGUCAAGUAGCCCCAGUGACAAGGAAAGGAGGAGAUAUUUGUACAGACAAAUUGCCACUGAUGUAGAUGUAUCUGUGGAAACAGUGUUAGCUGAAAAGCAUAGAAGUGCCCUCUUUAACGAAAAAAUAACCAACACAAGUGUUAUGCAUGCAAAGAAAAUGCCACAUAAAGCCUUAGUUAACCCUGAAAUGCUUCACAUUACAGGCAUGAGCAAACUGUCACCAACUAAGCGAAGUAUAUCUGAAACAGUAACCCAUAAAGCUAAAAUCAUGAAAAUAGCAGCUAAAAAGCGAAACAGUGUCCAUGUUACUUUUAGGCCAUCUACUGAAUCAGUUCAGUUUUAUAAUCCUCUAGAAAACAAAGAGGCCCCAUGGAAAGCAAGACUUCGUAAACUCAGUGGUUUCAGCAGUGGGAGCAGUAGCAGCACCAGCAGCAGCAACACGAGCGCCAGCUCCUCCGCUGCAGCUGCGCUGGUCAGACCUGGAAUAUACAGGCCUCUAGAUGCAGUCAGUACAACUUCUGCCAAUAUUAAACAGAUUAAAGAAUCAGGAGACGUUCCAGCGUUCAUGUUGCAGAAGGAAAGUAUUGGAAUAAAUCAGAUGUCUAAUCGUAGCCCACCUAAGCCAUCCAGUCAGGAGUCGGGACAACCGCAGGGCUCCCUGGGUGGUGUUUAUAAAUCUGUUGUACAUGCUCUUUCGAAGCCGAAGGCAAAUGUUUCCCCACAGAGGCAGAGCAGAGUGCCAGCAGAGGCUCCACUGAGGGAUCUGUACAGUCAUGUAAUGGGCUAUUUUGGAAAGAAAGCUGCAGCCAAUAGAGACGAUAUGAGCCAAAAGCAGAACCCUCUUGAUAGUGAUAAUGGCAAUAGUAAUACAAAUAUUCCUGACCUCAUGGAUGAGUUUAUAGCUGAAAGACUGCGCAGUGGUAGCGCUUUGAAUGUGACGAGAAGAGGGAGCAGUCCAGGAAGCCUAGAAGUUCCAAAAGACCUUCCUGAUAUACUAAACAAGCCGAGCCAAAUGCGUCCUGCGGAUGACCCAGGUGUGCCUUCUGAAUGGACGUCUCCUGCCAGUGCAGGCAGCAGUGACCUUGUCAGUUCUGACAGCCAUUCUGAUUCCUUCAGCGCAUUCCAAUAUGAUGGCCACAAAUUUGAAAAUUUCAGCUUGUGCCCUGAAGGUGGCACAACAACAUCUGCAGAUUCUGAUGCAGGUUCAGGACCUCCGCAGAGUGCUGAUGAACAGGAAGUGGCUAGUCUAACUACACUCCACAUUGACUCUGAGACCAGUAGUCUCAAUCAACAACCACUAUCUGCUGAAGCAGCAACAAUUGCAGGUUCUGAAAGUGCUUCACCAAUCCAGUCUGCUCUUGGAUCACGGUCCCAGACUCCAUCACCUGCCACUCUGAGUGCAGAUCACAAUGAACAGAAAGACUUACAGCUGGAUGAAAAGCUCCACCACUCCGUUUUACAGACGCCAGAUGACCUAGAAACUAGUGAUUUUCCAUCUGAAUGUUGUAGUGUGAUGGCAGGAGGAACCCUGACAGGAUGGCAUGCAGAUGUAGCUACUGUAAUGUGGAGACGAAUGCUAGGGAUUUUAGGAGAUGUCAAUUCCAUUAUGGAUCCUGAAAUACAUGCUCAAGUUUUUGAUUACCUUUGUGAACUCUGGCAGAAUCUUGCUAAGAUUAGAGAUAAUCUUGGCAUUUCAACUGAUAACAUGACAUCACCUUCUCCACCAGUUUUAAUUCCUCCACUGAGAAUUCUAACCCCAUGGCUUUUCAAGGCAACCAUGUUGAGUGAUAAGUACAAGCAAGGCAAGUUACAUGCUUAUAAGCUCAUUUGUAACACAAUGAAGCGAAGACAAGAUGUUUCUCCAAACAGGGACUUUUUAACUCAUUUCUACAAUAUAAUGCACUGUGGACUACUUCAUGUUGAUCAGGAUAUUGUCAAUACAAUCAUCAAGCACUGUUCUCCUCAGUUCUUUUCACUUGGUUUGCCUGGUGCUACUACACUGAUCAUGGACUUUAUUGUAGCAGCUGGUAGAGUGGCAGCGUCAUCUUUUCUCAAUGCUCCAAGAGUAGAAGCACAAGUUCUCUUAGGUUCUCUGGUUUGCUUUCCCAAUUUAUAUUGUGAACUACCAGCUCUGCACCCAAACACUCCUGACAUUGUUGUGUCUCAGUUUACAGAGGUUAAGGAACUGAUCAUCAAAACAAUAUUAAGUUCUGCAAGAGAGGAGCCAUCUGGGCCUGCAAGAUGUGUUGCACUUUGUAGCCUUGGUAUAUGGAUCUGUGAAGAACUUGUACAUGAAUCCCAUCAUCCCCAGAUUAAAGAAGCCCUGAAUGUGAUUUGUGCCUCAUUAAAAUUUCCAAAUAAAGCAGUUGCACAUGUUGCUUGCAAUAUGCUUAAUAUGCUGAUUCAUUAUGUACACAGGCUGCAAAUGUAUCAAACUGAUUCACCGUUAAAAAUUAUUCAAAUACUUAUAGCUACGAUCACUCAUCUCUUGCCUAGUACAGAAGCUUCUUCUUAUGAACAGGACAAGAGGCUGGUGGUAUCACUACUUCUGUGUCUGUUGGACUGGAUAAUGGCCUUGCCUUUAAAAGCACUGUUACAACCUGUUCACACUGCAGGUUCUGAAAAUGAUAAGAUGGAAAAAUCUAUUCUCAACUGUAUAUAUAAGGUUCUUCAUGGAUGUGUCUAUGGAUCUCAGUGCUUUAGCAAUCCAAAAUAUUUUCCUGUGAGCCUAUCGGAUUUGGCAUCUUCGGAUUAUGAUCCUUUUAUGUAUUUGGAAAGUUUGAAGGAGCCGGAACCAUUACAUUCACCUGAUUCAGAACGGUCUUCAAAACUCCAGCCAGUCACUGAAGUAAAAUCUCAUAUGCAGCAAGGACUGAUCUCUGUGGCAGCUCGUACUGUGAUAACUCAUCUGGUAAACCAUUUAGGCCAUUAUCCAAUGAGUGGGGGACCUGCUAUGCUAACAAGUCAAGUAUAUGAAAACAACGACAAUCCUUACAGUGAAAACUCUGAGCUUUCUCCUGAGCUUUUUGAGAACCCCAACCUCCAGUUCUUUGUGUUAAACAAUACAACUUUAGUUUCAUGUAUACAAAUUCGCGCAGAAGAGAACAUGCCUGGAGGGGGUCUGUCUGCCGGACUUGCAUCAGCUAACUCAAAUGUCAGAAUUAUUGUGCGUGAUCUAUCAGGCAAAUAUUCGUGGGAUUCUGCAAUUCUUUAUGGGCCUCCACCUCUUUGUGGCUUAAUUGAACCAACCUCUUUUGUGCUCUCAUUACCCCAUCAAGAGAAACCAGAAGAUGCCUCAGAACCUACUGCAUGUGCUGAUGAAGUGUGUGUAAAGGAUGGACUUGCACUCUCCAUAAAAAGAAGAUUUAGAGAGACUCUGCCAACAUGGGACACAAUUAGGGAUGAAGAAGAUGCCCUUGAUGAGCUCUUGCAGUAUAUAGGAAUCACGAGUCCUGAGUGCUUGCAGAGGACAGGUGUAUCACUCAAUGUUCCUGCUCUACAACCUGUUUGUGUCUCAGAGAAGCAGGAAAAUGAUGUAAUCAAUGCAAUCCUUAAACAACACACAGAAGAGAGAGAUUUUGUUGAAAAGCACUUCAGUGACUUAAAUAUGAAGGCUAUGGAACAGGAUGAGCCAACCCCACAAAAGCCCUAUUCAGCAUUUUACUAUUGCAGGUUGCUUCUCAGUAUACUAGGAAUGAAUUCUUGGGAUAAAAGAAGAAGCUUUCAUCUUCUGAAAAAAAAUGAAAAGCUACUACGAGAACUUAGAAAUUUGGAUUCAAGACAAUGCCGAGAGACGCACAAAAUUGCAGUAUUUUAUGUUGCUGAGGGACAAGAGGAUAAACACUCCAUCCUUACUAAUACUGGAGGAAGCCAAGCCUACGAGGAUUUUGUAGCAGGCCUUGGUUGGGAGGUGAACCUCACAAACCAUUGUGGUUUUAUGGGAGGGCUGCAAAAGAACAAAAGCACUGGAUUGACCACUCCAUAUUUUGCUACCUCUACUGUGGAAGUAAUGUUUCAUGUAUCAACCAGAAUGCCUUCGGAUUCAGAUGACUCCUUAACAAAAAAGCUAAGACAUUUAGGAAAUGAUGAAGUUCACAUUGUCUGGUCGGAGCAUACUCGAGACUACAGAAGAGGAAUCAUUCCUACAGAAUUCGGAGAUGUGCUCAUUGUUAUAUAUCCAAUGAAGAAUUACAUGUUCAGUAUCCAGAUUAUGAAAAAACCUGAGGUCCCAUUCUUUGGUCCAUUGUUCGAUGGUGCUAUUGUGAAUGGAAAAAUUCUUCCUAUUAUGGUUCGUGCAACAGCUAUAAAUGCAAGCAGAGCACUGAAGUCACUCAUUCCGUUAUACCAAAACUUCUAUGAAGAAAGAGCUCGGUAUCUGCAAACAAUUGUUCAGCACCAUCUAGAUCCUUCAACUUUUGAGGAUUAUGCAGCUCAGGUUUUCUGCCCAGCACCCUGCCAUCAUUUGCCCUCUGAAAAUGGCUCCUACCCAGAGACUCAGGCGUCCGAAGGUCCAGCAGCAGCGCAGAUGGACGGGCCCGAUCUAGCUUUCCCCAUUUCUCCCCGGACUAGCAAGAGCCGCAUGUCCAUGAAGCUGCGACGAUCCUCUGGCUCAGCCAACAAGACAUAAGAAGGGGUGAAGCCUGCUGCCCCUUUCUCCCAGAAAUCAGCCUGUCCUCUAUGCUGAAUAUAUGUUGUGCUUUCCUCCACUCUAAUGUUUAUUUUAGAGAACCAUAUUGGAAUUUUAUUUCAAAUUGAAAAUAUUUUAGCUUUUGUUAGAAUAUUUUUAUCAAACUUCCUGCUGCCAUAGUUUGUCUGUGCAGGGUUCUUUCUGCACUUUUUUUUUUUUACCUUCCGUUCUGAGAUGCACAGCAGUAAAGUAACCAUUCUAUUUUAACCUCUAGGGUUGAUUGCAAGCCACCCCUGGAGUUGGAGACUGCAGGCAUGUUCCACUCUACUUAUUGUGCAACCCUUUCAGUAAUAAUAAUAAAAUGUACCAUUUGCAAAUGAAUGUACUGCCUUUUCAAAUGAAGAUGCAUUUCUGAAGCGCUCUGCAAAGAUCACUAAAAUACACAGAAUUAUGUACAGAGUAUGUGUUGAGAAUAAACCCUUUCAAGUUAAUGGAGGCCCAUCACCAGCUCUGUUAUUGUCAUACACUGUUGGACAGACACAACAAGAUCCUAGUGCUGAAGUACUAACAGCUUUUUCCUCUCUUGCUAGUAUUUGCUUUCCACUUGGGACUUAUGGCCACCGUCAAGCUUUCUCUUCCAAAAACUGAGACAGUCCCUUGAUCAAGCUGUGUAAGAUAUAUCAUACACUCAUACUUUCAAGCACUUUGCCAUGUCAGUCAUUUGCUCUGAGCUAUGUACCAUUUCUGGGGAGAAAAAGGGACUGUGCCCUUGAAGAGGCAGAUGUAUGCGCAAACACAUUCCACUCCAAAUUCCCACUAACCCCCAGAGGUAUUUUCAUACCGAUGAAGAAAUACAAUUGCAUUUGCCAUAUUCUGCUCUAACAAAAUGUAGCAUGGCACCGGUACUAACUGCAUGUGUAAAUAUCUGUCCCUCACCUGGGCAACUAUAGAAAUAUAUAUUGAUGUAUUUGUUCGCCGUGUAGUAUAUACAAAUUUGUAAUGGUUGAAGAAGAGACAUGCUAUUUAAUAAUACAAUAAAAUUAUUCUUACCA